UGUAUAGCAUAUUCUAUGAUUACUAUCUUUAAUCUAUGAUUAGUAUCGUAUGUCCAUAGACUAAAUCAUGCCCUAACCUCUCUUGUCUACGUCUCCCAAUCGGCGAAGAAUGUAUUAUUGGCUCUUAAAGUACUGCACAGUAUUAAAUAAUUUAAAAAUUAACUAAAGACUUACAAACUGUUAGCUAAUUAGACAUGUGGGCAGACACACUUUUAAUUGUUUUUAUCUCUGUUUGUACUGCUCUUUUGGGAGAAGGCUUAACUUGGCUGAUGGUAUAUCGUACUGAAAAAUACCAAAAGUUGAAAUCAGAAGUUGAAAAGCAAAGUAAAAGACUGGAAAAAAGGAAAGAAGCUCAUGGGGACUCAUUAGACAAACAACAUAAGAAGAAAAUCGAAAGAGAAGAAGAAAGAUUGAAAAAUAACAAUAGGGAUUUAGUACUUGUGAAAAUGAAAUCAAUGUUUGCUAUUGGUUUUGCAUUUACUGCACUACUGAGCAUGUUCAAUAAUAUUUUUGAUGGAAGAGUGGUUGCAAAGUUGCCAUUUAUUCCUCUGGCAUGGAUUCAGGGAUUGAGUCAUCGAAAUCUCCCUGGAGAUGAUUAUACAGAUUGCUCCUUUAUAUUUUUAUAUAUUUUAUGUACAAUGUCUAUUAGACAAAAUAUUCAAAAACUUUUGGGCUUUGCACCAUCACGUGCAGCAUCAAAGCAAGGAAAUGGUUUCUUUUCUCCAUCUGCUGAAGGCCCUAUUUUCCAAUCGUCAUUGAAGUAUAUCUAAAAUUAAGGGCGAUUU